CGUCAGAUCUGCGCAAAGCAUCUUCAACAGACACAACAGCCCUCGAGUACACGAAAAAAGCAAAGCCCCAAAAAUGGACAGCGAUGAUGACAACAUGGAAGAAGUGGUGGAAGGGCCACUGGAUGAGGACGACCAACCUCACGGUUUUUGUACUGUAACCUACUCAUCCAGCGACAGAUUUGAAGGACUCUUUGUUCACGGGGAGAAGAAUGGAAAAGGCAAAUUCUUCUUUUUUGAUGGGAGUACGCUGGAGGGUUUCUAUGUGGACGAUGCUUUGCAGGGCCAGGCUAUUUACACAUAUGAGGAUGGAGGUGCUUUACAUGGGACUUAUGCAGACGGCGAGCUCAAUGGACCUGCUCAGGAGUUUGAUCUAGAAGGUCACCUUGUCUUUAGAGGCCAGUACAAGGACAACAUCCGCUGUGGCAUGUGCUGGACCUACUAUCCGGAUGGUGGCUGUGUGGUGGGGGAGGUGAAUAAGGAUGGAGAGAUGACCGGAAAUGCUGUGGCCUAUCUCUACCCUGAUGGGUCUACUGCACUAUAUGGCACCUUCGUAGAUGGAGAACUCAUUGAGGCCCGACUUGCCACUCUUACCAUGCGAGAGAGCGGCAGACCACACUUCACGGUUAAUCCAGACAGUACUGUUUAUUGCUAUGAUAAAUCUACUUCUUCCUGUAUCGCUGGUCAUAAACUGUUCCCUGACCCCUACGAAAGUCAACGUGUUUACGUGGGACAGACACUUAUCUCUGGAGCUGGAGAAGGACUGUUUGCAAAAACUGAAGCCAAGGCCGACACUGUGAUGGCUUUUUAUAAUGGUGUCCGCAUCACACAUUCAGAGGUGGACAGUCGUGACUGGUCUCUGAAUGGAAACACAAUUUCAUUUGAUGACGACACAGUGAUUGAUGUUCCUGAACCUUUCAACCUGACUGAGAAUUAUUGCGCAUCUCUGGGCCACAAGGCCAAUCACUCCUUCACCCCCAACUGCAAAUAUGACCCGUUCAUCCACCCUCGUUUUGGGAAAAUAAAAUGCAUCCGAGCAAUCUGUGCUAUACAGAAGGAUGAGGAACUCACUGUCGCUUAUGGUUAUGACCAUGAACCAUCGGGAAAAUCUGGUCCAGAGGCACCCGAAUGGUACACAAAGCAGUUGCAGGAGUUUCAGCAAAGAGAAUCAGGAAAAGAGACUGAAGAAACCUGCUAAUUUCCUUCUCACCGCCAAAGCAUCAUCCCUUCCAACCAGCACUUCCAUCAGAGACUAAUUCUAUCCUUUGACUUUCUAAUAGUGUACAAAUACUAACAAAUAAUUACUUUUUUAGGUAUUCUGUUACAAUUUCCUCUUUCUGAAUGUAUCCUGGUCUGUUUACAAGGAUUGUAACUGUGAAAAUACCCGCUCAGAUCAUUGAGUAAGCUGCAAAAUUGUAUGGUUCUACACUGUGGAAGGACUAUUAUGUGGUUGGCCACUGUGUUGGUGAAUAUUAAUUGGAAAUGGGCAAGUGAUCGAUAAGGCAUUAAGCUGUGGAGUGGGAAUGUAAUAAAGAUUACUGUAACUAUUCCUUGGGAUCUUCUAUGAAGUAUUAAACCAGUCUCUUACUGCU